AUGUUGGAAGCAUUUCUCGUGGCACUUGGGAUAUCAAUUAGCUCCUACAGACUGGGAGAUAGGUCAGAGCAGGGUGUGAGGGAGCCCGGGGACGGCGACGAGGAAGGAGGAGAGGAGGACGACGAAGAGGAGGACGACGAGGAGGAGGAGGAAAGCGAGCAGCAGCGGUGGAAGAACCGGACCGUGAACGGUAAUCGGCUUCUCUCCUACGGCGGCAGCAGGGACAAGUACUCGGACUCGGAGGAGGAGGAGGUGGCGGGGGCGAGGGCCAAGCAGCAGGUACCGAAGGAGGAGUCUGCAGUUCGCCGGCCCAGACGGAGCCUCAGCAAGUCUCCUGCUCCAUUCAUAACAAGCAAAUGCGCUGCAGCCGGCGCUGGCGUGAUGGAGACGGGCCAAGAAAGGGCUGGCGGAGGCUGUGGUGCUGGUGUAGUCGUAACGAAUGACAGGGCGGCGGCGGCGGCGGAGGCGGCUGCUGCUGGGAGUCUAGACACGGGCAGAAAUCAGGAGGAGGCGGCGGCGGGGGGAGGAGGAGGAUGCGAAAAUCUGGACUCCAGUCCUCCCAGCCCCAGAUACCGCAUUGGCCUGUCUAAGAAAUCCCCUACAGUAUUGUUGCUGCCACCACCGCUCACGGACGUGGACAGCAGUAAAAUCACUGACCCUCCAGGCACCAUUAGGAAAGCGACCAGUAAUCAUGUUCUCAGCGGUGCUGCUGGUAGCUAUAAUGUUGAAUCCAGGAUCUAUUCAGCUAGUAAUAGCCUUUCCCCGGGUGGAACCACCUCCUCCCUUAGACUCAACCACUCCAAUCAUACGGGUUCAAAUCAUACCUACCUGAAAAACACCUACAAGAAGAAUCUUUCAGAGCCCGAGGAGGAGCUUCUCCAACAGUUCAAAAGAGAGGAGGUAUCCACCACUGGAGGCUUCAGUGCACAUUACCUGUCCAUGUUCCUCUUAACUGCUGCAUGCUUGUUCUUUCUGAUACUGGGAUUCACAUACCUGAGAAUGAGAGGUUCUGGAGUAGCUGAGGAUGUGGGAGCCAACAUCAAGAAUCCCUUCAGUGAAGAACUACAAAAAAUAGAAGAAGAUGAAAAGAUGAAUGUUCUCAUGAUGAACAGCUUAUAUGCACUUCAUGAUAAAUUGGCACAAGUAGCAGGGGAACACGAAUGCGGCAGCUCUAUUCAAAGAAAUCUUACCAUCCAGGAGGCAGCUGCAUAUUUAAAAAAUUUAGAUCCAGAAUAUGAAAGUGUACUUAACACAGCAUUGCAAUGGAUCUUGAAUAGUGGGGAAGAUGUUGGCAUAAAGUGUUUCAGCAAUGACCCUAAUGAGAUGGAUGUCACUAAUGUGACAGAUGUGAAAUAUCUGGAAUCCACUAGUCCGAAGAUGUCUUUCAGGUGUCGUUUUCGCCGUGCAUUUAUUAAUGUAACUCACAGAUUAUCAAUAUUGCUUUUGGGUAUAGCAAUGGUUUGGGGAGUCUUACACUACAUGAAAUACCGUUGGGCAAAAGAAGAAGAAGAAACAACGCAGAUGUAUGAUAUGGUGGUAAAAAUCAUAGAUCUUCUAAGAAGUCACAGCGAGGCUUGUUCUGAAAAUAAAGACUUGCAGCCUUACAUGCCUAUUUUACAUGUGCGUGAUUCUCUAAUACCACCUCAGGACAGGAGGAAAAUGAGGAAAGUCUGGAAUAGAGCAGUUGACUUUCUUGCAGCAAAUGAAUCUAGAGUUCGCACAGAGACACGAAGAAUAGGUGGUGCCGAGUUCUUGGUUUGGAAAUGGAUGCAGCCUUCUGCAGCAAGUGACAAAAUUUUAGUAAUACCAUCGAAAGUGUGGCAAGGCCAAGCAUUUCAUCUAGAUAGAAGAAAUUCACCACCAAACAGCUUGACACCAUGUCUAAAGAUUCGCAAUAUGUUUGAUCCAGUUAUGGAGAUAGGUGAUCACUGGCAUCUAGCAAUUCAAGAAGCAAUCUUGGAGAAAUGCAGUGAUAAUGAUGGAAUUGUUCAUAUUGCUGUUGACAAAAAUUCACGUGAGGGUUGUGUAUAUGUCAAGUGUCUCUCUCCAGAAUAUGCUGGAAAGGCUUUCAAGGCAUUACAUGGCUCUUGGUUUGAUGGAAAGCUGGUAACAGUAAAAUACCUGCGACUAGAUCGAUAUCAUCAUCGUUUUCCCCAAGCUCUUACUUGUAACACUCCACUGAAGCCAUCAAACACACACAUGAACUCUAUGUCACAUCUGCGUCUUCGGACGGGCACAACUAAUUCUCAGGGAAGUUCCUGAGAAGACUUUCUACAAUUGGUAGGACUGUUACUUGCAACAGGAAUUUUCCUGUUUGGCUGCCGUCUUCCUUUUUUAGUGCUUUUUGUAUGUAAUACUUUAAUUAAAUAAAAGUUUGAACGUUCCAAAAAUCUUGUUUCCAAAGGGACUUAGCAAUGAGGCAGUAAUACUGAGCUGACAAAAAA